AUGGCCGAGCGCUACAUUCCCGAGCAUCGGCGUACGCAGUUCAAGGCGAAGAAUACGUUCAAGCCCGAGGAGCUGCGUCGCCGCCGCGAAGAGCAGCAGGUUGAGAUCCGCAAGGCGAAGCGUGAGGAGAACCUGGCCAAGCGCCGUGGCAUCGGCUCUGGCGACUCACGGCCCGGUGCUUCGCUGGGUGCCGCCCCUGACAGCGACGAUGACACCGCCCCGACCGAGUCUCAGCUGAACGAGGACCUCCCCCAGAUGGUCCAAGGCGUCUUCUCCGAUCAGAUCGACCAGCAGAUCCAGGCGACAACCAAGUUCCGGAAACUGCUCUCCAAAGAGCGCAACCCGCCCAUCGAGGAGGUUAUCAAGACCGGCGUCGUCUCCCGUUUUGUCGAGUUCCUGCGGUCGCCACACACCCUGGUGCAGUUCGAGGCUGCCUGGGCCCUCACAAACAUUGCCAGCGGCUCUGCAACGCAGACCCAGGUGGUCAUUGAGGCCGGUGCCGUGCCCAUCUUUGUCGAGCUGCUGUCGAGCCCCGAACCCGACGUCCGCGAACAGGCCGUGUGGGCGCUGGGCAAUAUUGCCGGCGACAGCCCGCAGUGCCGCGAUUACGUCCUCAGCUGUGGCGCCCUCAAACCUCUGCUGACCCUGCUUGGCGACAGCCGCAAGCUGAGCAUGCUGCGGAACGCAACGUGGACCCUGAGCAACUUCUGCCGUGGCAAGACCCCCCAGCCCGACUGGAACACCAUCCAGCCUGCGCUGCCCGUGCUGUCCAAGCUCGUGUACAGCCUGGACGACGAGGUGCUGAUUGACGCCUGCUGGGCGAUCUCGUAUCUCUCGGACGGCUCCAACGAUAAGAUCCAGGCUGUGAUCGAGGCCGGCAUCCCGCGUCGCCUUGUGGAGCUGCUGAUGCACGCGUCGACCUCCGUGCAGACCCCAGCACUGCGCUCGGUCGGCAACAUCGUGACGGGCGACGACGUGCAGACGCAAGUGAUUAUCAACUGCGGCGCUCUCUCGUGUCUGCUGUCGCUACUCAGCUCAAACAAGGACGGCAUCCGCAAGGAGGCGUGCUGGACCAUCUCCAACAUCACGGCCGGCAACUCGGCGCAGAUUCAGUCCGUGAUCGACGCCAACAUCAUUCCGCCGCUGAUCCACCUGCUGUCGAACGGCGACCUGAAGACGCGCAAGGAGGCGUGCUGGGCGAUUAGCAACGCGACGUCUGGCGGCCUCCAGAAGCCCGAGCAGAUCCGCUACCUGGUGGCGCAGGGCUGCAUCAAGCCGCUCUGCGACCUGCUGGCGUGCCCCGACAACAAGAUCAUCCAGGUGGCGCUGGACGGCCUCGAGAACAUCCUCAAGGUCGGCGAGCUCGACCGCCAGGCCCAGGGCGAGGGCAACGACGCGAUCAACACUUAUGCGCUGUUCAUCGAGGAGUGCGGUGGCAUGGAGAAGAUCCACGACUGCCAGACCAACGCCAACGAGGAGAUCUACAUGAAGGCGUACAACAUCAUCGAGAAGUACUUCUCCGACGACGACGAGGGUGCCGAGGAUGGCCAGCCGGCUGCGAACGGCACGUUUGGCUUUGGUGCGGCGAACAACGGUGGCAACGCCGAAGGUGGUGGCUUCAGCUUCGCCAACAGCGCGGACAACAUGGACAUGUAA